AUAAUGCGAGAAUAAAGAGCUGCUAGUUUGCAUAGCCUGACUAUAAAAAGGUCCCCAUCAAACGCUGUCUUUAUUUCGUGAGUGUUAAGUGGUACUCGUGUAUCGUCUUAACAUUUUUUAGUAAUGCCUGAGCCGGCCAAGUCAGCGCCCGCGCCCAAGAAGGGCUCCAAGAAGGCGGUGACCAAGACGCAGAAGAAGGGCGACAAGAAACGGCGUAAGAGCCGCAAGGAGAGCUACUCGAUCUACGUGUACAAGGUGCUGAAGCAGGUGCACCCCGACACGGGCAUCUCGUCCAAGGCUAUGGGCAUCAUGAACUCCUUCGUCAACGACAUCUUCGAGCGCAUCGCCGGCGAGGCGUCGCGCCUGGCGCACUACAACAAGCGCUCCACCAUCACGUCGCGGGAGAUCCAGACCGCCGUGCGGCUGCUGCUGCCCGGCGAGCUGGCCAAGCACGCCGUCUCCGAGGGCACCAAAGCUGUCACCAAGUACACCAGCUCCAAGUAAGCUGCCUCUGCGCUCUGUGCCAGACCCUCUCAACCCAAAGGCUCUUUUAAGAGCCACCCACCCUCUCAGUAAAAGAGCUGGUC